AAAAAAAAGAAUAAAAGAAGGCGAAGACCAAUUGUGCAUUGCAGCUUUGGACUCUCCAAAGAAACGAGUUUCAGAAGCAGAAAAAGUUUGUUUUCGCGUUUUGCGUUUCGCGUUUUGAAUUAUAAAACGUCGUCGUUUAAUGGGCGACGAAAACUCCUCCAUGGCCAUCACCACUAGAGACAGAGAUCGAGAGCUUCUAAUCCCCGUCGCCGACACCGCCGGCGACGGCGGCUCCGUCGCCCCGUCCCCCAAGCCGUUGUCUUCGUCUUCUUCGUCGUCCUCGUUCUCGCAUCACGCCGGACGCGAGACUUUUUCCAAGGUUAUUAGAAGCUGGGCAUCAAAAAAGUUCAUGACGGGAUGUGUCAUUCUCUUUCCAAUUGCAAUCACCUUCUAUAUAACAUGGUGGUUUAUUCAUUUCGUGGAUGGAUUCUUCUCUCCAAUCUAUGCUCAACUUGGAAUUGAUAUUUUUGGUCUUGGAUUCAUAACUUCCAUAACUUUUAUCUUCUUGGUUGGGGUUUUCAUGUCAUCGUGGUUGGGUGCAUCUGUCCUUGGCCUUGGGGAGUGGUUUAUCAAGCGAAUGCCACUUGUUCGACAUAUUUAUAGUGCUUCCAAGCAGAUUAGUGCUGCUAUCUCUCCAGAUCAAAAUACACAAGCCUUCAAAGAAGUAGCUAUCAUUCGACAUCCACGUGUUGGAGAAUAUGCAUUUGGAUUCAUCACCUCAUCUGUUGUCCUUCAGAACUAUUCUGGAGACGAGGAGUUAUGCUGCGUCUAUGUUCCUACAAAUCAUCUUUAUAUCGGUGAUAUAUUUCUUGUCAACACCAAGGAUGUCCUCAGGCCAAACUUAUCAGUUCGUGAAGGAAUUGAAAUUGUUGUUUCGGGAGGCAUGUCAAUGCCACAGAUCCUAUCAACGAUUGAUUCGGGAGUCAUACCGGGGGAUAUAAGUAGAUCCAUCAGAAGCUGAGAGUGAAGACAUAGUAGUUCAUGUUUUAGUUCCUUGGUAUCAGAUGAAGCCAUCAGAAGGACAACGCAAUCAUUCUGUAGCGGAUGCAAGCAUUGAAUUUACGUGGUUGAUUGCUGAGAAAGUGAUAUACUCUGAUGGCAUCUGUAACAUUCGUUUGUGUAAGAAUGUAGAAUUUAGCAUUUGUUUGACAGCAAUACAAAAUUCAAUUCGAAUUUUUUCCUGUGUAUAAUCCACUGGUUUUCCACUUGUUAUAGCAAUCCAAUUUUUCAGUUAAUGCAGUUA